GUGGACACCUAAAGCAGGAUUUGCCAGUGUGUUCGAGGGAGAGUGUGUAUGUGUGCAUACGUCCGUGCUUGUGUGUGUGUACGAGUGUGUGUGUGGAGCAGCCAACACACUUGCAUUCGCUCACAGCAUGGCGAUGAAGCGCCGAGAGACACGACGGCUCUCUCCCGACUAAAUGCGACCCUGUUCUGAGUGAAAGCAGGGGACUAUGCCAAAGGGAUAUACAUUAACUAAUAGCCAACUAAUAUUCUACUUCAGAGAGGAGAUUAUUGCGGAUUCCAUUAUAUGCAUGUUGCUAGCGGUAUAGCUGGCUGUAGAGACCCACACGCUGCUUUACCCCUCUGCUGGAAAUCAAUGCUUUACAUGGCGGUGGAGACUAUCUGGUUUUUCUAUCUACUUUCGUUGGGCUUCUGUGGACCAUCCGUUCAAGAGAAGCCUGUGAUGGUGGAGCUGAGCUGUGGGGCAGGGCCUGUCCUCGUGGUACUGGAGCUGGGACAGCCCCUGCUGUUGGAAUGUCACCUGGGGGCCACGCCCCUGGACACGCCUCUCAACGUCACCUGGCUGCAGGAUGGGCUACCCGUGCUGGAGGGGGAGGGGGACUCCCUCAGGACCCUGGCCAACGGCUCACUGCUGGUGCUGCCCACCUCUGUGGAUGGCCGGACCCCUCAGGGGGUGGAGGGGGGCUACAGCUGUGUGAGCGCCGGCCCCUUUGGAGCCCUGACCAGCCGCACCAUCACCGUUCACCUGGCCACGCUGUCUCGUUUCCAUCAGGACCCAGAGGCCCAGGUGGUGCCCGUGGGGGGUGCUUCCCGCUUUGAGUGCCAGAUAGACGGAGUGCCCACGCCAAGGAUAACCUGGGAGAAGGACCAGGAACCCAUCCCCAGCCAGCCUAGGUUCAUCUCUCUCCCUAACGGUGUGCUCCAGAUCUUGGGGGUGGUUAAGGAGGAUGGGGGUGCGUACCGCUGUGUGGCCUCCAACUCUGCCCGGAAACGCUUCAGCCAGGAUGCCAUCCUCACUGUCACUACAGGUCCUGUCCCUGCCCAGAGUGAGGUGGUGAUCAUGGCACCUCCUCAGAAUGCCACGGUGGUGCAGGGGCAUCCAGCGGUGAUGGAGUGUGUGGCCCAGGGGGGGCAGCCCAAACCCCUGGUGUCCUGGAGCAGACAGGAUGGGAAGCCCAUCGCCACCGACGUGGUUGUCCUGGAAACCAACCUCGUGAUCCCCAACACACGGCGUUACCAUGCGGGGGUCUACGUCUGCCGUGCCAACAAACCCAAGACCCGCGAGUUUGUCAUCGCUGCGGCUGAACUGCAUGUGCCAGCCCCACCAGUGAUCCUCCAGCCCCCAGAGACGGUGUCUCUCUCUCGGGGAAACACAGCAAGGUUUGUGUGUAACAGCUCUGGGGAGCCUCCCCCGGCGCUGCACUGGCUGAAGAAUGGCAAGCCGGUCAAGUCUAACGGGCGGGUGAAGACCCAGAGCCCUGGGGUUCUGCUCAUCAACCAGCUGGGCCUGGAUGACGCAGGGUACUACCAGUGCAUCGCUGACAACGCUCUGGGAACGGCCUGUGCUACAGCCAAGCUGUCUGUCAUCGUGAGAGAAGGUCUACCCAGCCCGCCACGCCAGCUCUCUGCCACACCCCACUCAAGCACCACCGCCCUCCUCACCUGGGAACGGCCCGAACACAACAGCGACCAGAUUAUAGGCUUCUCUGUGCACUACCAGCCAACUUCAGGCUCUGAUAACAUGGAAUACCAGUUUGCUGUGAACAACGACACCACAGAGUACCAUGUGAAGGAGCUACUGCCACACACAACCUAUACCUUCUACGUGGUGGCCUACUCCCCCAUGGGAGCCAGCCGCCCGUCACUGCCCGUCACCGUGGAGAUGCUGGAGGACGUACCCAGUGCCCCUCCACAGCUGUCCCUGCUCAGCACCUCCCCUACAGACAUCAGAGUGAUGUGGCUGCCCCUGUCCUCCCAGCACAGCAGAGGAGCUGUCACCCGCUACCGCAUCGACUACUGCAAACUGGAACAGGUGGACAAUGUGUUGUCUGUGGAGGUGGGGGGGAAUGAGACUCAGCUUACCUUGCGGGAGCUGCAGCCUAACCAGGCCUAUCGACUGCGGAUGGCAGCGGGAACGAGAGCAGGCUUUGGUGUGCCAUCUGAGUGGGCUCAGCACCACACCCCAGACCACUUUAACCACAGCAUGGUGAUCUUUGCUCCCACAGAGCUGAAGGUUAGGGCCAAAAUGAACUCCCUCCAUGUCACAUGGCAACCCCCGCCCAAUCACACGCAGAUCUCCGGCUACAAGCUAUUUUGCAGGGAGGUGGUUGGUGAGGAUCUGACCAAUGGGGAGGCUCAUCCUGAGAGGGAGAGGGUCAGGAGGAUGGAGGCCCAUACCAUCAAGCUCCGUAAGAGAAUCAAACAUCAUGAGGUCACUAGUCUGGUUCCUGACAGACUAUAUGAAGUGAAGGUGUGGGCCUUCAAUAAGCAGACGGAUGGCUAUGCUGCAGGAUGGAAGGGCAGGACGGAGAAGGCACAUGGCAAAGCGCCCCCUAAGGGGAACCCCCCUCCACUGCCCCCCAGCAGCAUCAAGGCUACAGCCAACAGCUCCACAUCCAUCUGGUUGCGCUGGGAGAAACCUCGCUUCAGCAACGUCCGCAUCAUCAACUACACUGUACGCUGUAGCCCGGCCGGCAUCAGAAACGCAUCGCUUGUGUCCUACUACACCAGCUCUGCUCAGGAGAUCCUCUUGGGGGCGCUAAAACCCUACACCCGCUACGAGCUGGCUGUGCAGUCCAAUGGAGUAGACGUGGUUGGUCCCUUCAGCGGCACCGUGGAGGAGUCCACUCUCACUGACAUACCCUCCACCCCCCCAGCGGAGCUGCAGCUCAGUGCCUUGGACUCCUCCUCUGUGUUGGUGAACUGGCGCCCCCCUGUGGAGCCCAAUGGCGUCAUCAUCAGCUACAGGAUCCUAUACACCAUCAACCUCAGCCAGCCUGAGCAUCUGUGGAACAACCUCUCCCAAGAUGGGACCAUCAUGAGUGCUGAGGUAACAGGGCUGUCUAGUGGGUCACAAUACUUCUUUAAGAUGGGGGCGUCCACUGAGGUGGGGGUGGGGCCUUAUUCCCCAGUGAAGGAUGUGCACACUCCUCCCAAGAAAUAUGAGCUGGACAUCCAUGCAGUGACAGGCAUCAUAGUUGGUGUGUGUCUGGGGCUGCUCAGCAUUCUCCUUUGUAUGUGUGUCAGCUUCCGCAACGGCAAGGCCAGAGAGGUGUCUGGGGGGCUGGACUCCACAGCUCUGCCCCCACAGUACCGUCGUGGGGGUAGGUCUGUACCCACCAUGGUGCCAGAAUGCAGUGAUUGCCAUGAGCUAGAGACCCUGAUGCCCCUGGGCAGCCUGGACCAUGACCAUGACCCCGCCCAACCCCUCACAGAGCCCACUGAGGAGCACAGCCUCAUGGGUAAUGUAGGAGUAGGGGACGAUGCCCUAGGAGCUGAGCUCAAGGCUGCUUGGAAUGGGUCAGUUAGUCGUAACUGGGCCAACCGGAUCACCAGAUACAGGGAUACCAUCACAGAGGACUCUCCAACUCUCAACAAUGGAACUCUGGACAUGGCCAAAACAGAGAAUGGCAAGGGCGACCCUGAGGACCGACUGGGCUCCUCCCUGUGCAGCAGUAACCAGGUGGAGGCAGAGGUAAUAGUUCACUCUGAGCUGUCCGACCUGGAGAAGGAGCAGCAGGAGGCGCAGAGUGACGGGGAGGAGGACUCUCAGGCCACCAGGGGGCCCUCACUGUCCGAGGCAUCUUACUCCCCAGUCAGACAGCCUGCCCAGGCACCACAACAUCCACGAGAGCCAGUCAGACAGCCUGCCCAGGAACCACAAUAUCCAGGGGAGCCAGUCAGACAGCCUGCCCAGGCACCACAACAUCUAGGGGAGCCAGUCAGACAGCCUGCCCAGGCACCACAACAUCCAGGGGAGCCAGUCAGACAGCCUGCCCAGGCACCACAACAUCCAGGGGAGCCAGUCAGACAGCCUGCCAAGGCACCACAACAUCCAGGGGAGCCAGUCAGACAGCCUGCCCAGGAACCACAAUAUCCAGGGGAGCCAGUCAGACAGCCUGCCCAGGCACCACAACAUCUAGGGGAGCCAGUCAGACAGCCUGCCAAGGCACCACAACAUCCAGGGGAGCCAGUCAGACAGCCUGCCCAGGCACCACAACAUCCAGGGGAGCCAGUCAGACAGCCUGCCCAGGCACCACAACAUCCAGGGGAGCCAGUCAGACAGCCUGCCCAGGCACCACAACAUCUAGGGGAGCCAGUCAGACAGCCUGCCAAGGCACCACAACAUCCAGGGGAGCCAGUCAGACAGCCUGCCCAGGCACCACAACAUCCAGGGGAGCCAGUCAGACAGCCUGCCCAGGCACCACAACGUCCAUCACAAGGGGAGGAGUCCCUAGAGACACAACCCCUGCCCAAGGUCCCAUCCGGCCCUGUCCUGGAGCCAGUGUCCAAUCACAAUGGGCAGCCAGAGGGCAUGGUUGGGGGCAUGAUGGGCGUGGCAGUCCAACUGACUGUAGAUGUGGGGCGGCACCCAGGAAUGGGGCUAACCAACGGCUUCCACUCCACCAAGCCCCUGCGGCCGGGGCAGGAGACCCUGGGGAACGGGGACUCCAGACACUGCCCUGCUCCCCCGUCCCCCUCUCCUUUUGUCAGCGCCGGCCUUGUCCACUCUAACUCAGCAGCGCACAGCUACCUGUGCCCUUAGCAAGAGGAGAAACAAACCCCCACACCAAGACUAGUUGGAAUUCUUUCUUUUUCUCAUCCAUGAUGAAUCAAAGGAUUUUUUUAAAAGCGCCUCAGUAUCUGAUUUUCUUCUUCCUGGCUCGGUUUUAUAGGUACUUUGAAUCCAUUGUUUUAUAUGUGUAUAUAUACAGUAUAUAUUUUUAGUGCUAGUAUGUAUGGGUAUUCAUUUUGUUGCAUAGCAGCAGUAUGUUAGUCUGGCCUUACUCUGUACUUUGCUACAGGCUCCUAUUACAGACGUACGACGACGGAAGCAUAUUGUAGAAAGGAGGCUAUUCCUUUUUUCAUAAGCCUUGACCUGUUGGACCUGUUGGACUCUGAGAAUGAGCGUGGGUGUGUGGUACAUCAGGACCGACCUUUGGUUAACUGAUUAUGGUGGAGAGGCUCUUGAUUCAGCACCACGGAUGAAGAUAGAGCAGAACCAUGACCAUGUGGCCCUUUCACUCUCACCCUGGCUCCUUUCAAAUGACUGAGCUGUUCCUAUUGGCUUCACUGUAUGGAUGCUGCCUGCCCCAGCACCAGGAAAGAAGCCUUAUAUUUACACACUCUGAGAGUGCAGACCUCCUGUCUCUCUCUCCAACCUCCUGCUGUCUCAGGAUCCACACACACACAAAUGCAAACACACACACACACACACACACAUUCCCUGACUGGAGCUUGUGGGUCUCAGGUGCCUAAUAUUUUAGGCGCAUUUUUAACCUCUGUAUAUUUAUAUAGAUGAUUAUAUUCAAUAAAAAUAGGACAAAUAUGUUGAAAAUGAAGAAAAAGGAAAAUAAAUGAGGCAAUUGAAGAAAAUAUGAAGGAACCGCAUACAGUACAUGUAGUUGAUAUAGGUUGCAUUAUUUUGGGGGGAGGACUAGAUGAGACGUGUACUGUAAUCUUAUAGCAGUGGUCUCUUGGUUUUGCUCCCAGUCAACAGCACUACCUCAUUUCUUUACAGGAUGGUUUGUUGGUGAUUUUAAUAGUGUCGUGCAGAUAGGUGCAACUUUUAGAAUCCGUUUUUUAACUGUUUGAUUCAAUACUUUCAUGAAUAACUGCCUAUCCUCUUCUUUCUGUGUACAUCAAUGUGUAUUACAUUUACAUUUUACAUUUCCAUUUUAGUCAUUUAGCAGACCUACAGGAAAUGACACGUAUGGUACAUAACGGCCUGUCUCAGAUCUCUGUUUAUUGCCCUUUUCCUCUUAAUCAGUUGUUCCAUUAGAUCUGGGUUUCCAACUGUCGUCACUCCCCCCAAUGUUACAUCUACUUUGGAUGGGAGCAGAAAAACAUUUUUUAUUUACCAAUUACCUCAAAUCACUUUUCACCUUAGGUAAAUAAUGCAGCAGUUUAGUUACCAGGCCUACUAUAUGGUAGCCUGUUACUAGACCUACUACAAAUGAACAAGCCUCCAUCAGGAGGCCUCACCCUUUGUGAUGUCAUCUCACUCAUCCUUUCUCAGCUGUGUCUGAGCUCCUCCCUCUGCAGGUGAGAGGGGGAUGGAAAUUUCAUAGAGAAAUAGACCUAGAAACCACUUCUAUUUUCAGCCAUAUUUCCAGUCUUUCUUUGUACUUUUGACACUCGCAAGCCUGAGGUCUUUCACAAUACCGCAUGUAAAGUCUACACCACUUUGAACUUUUUUCACAUUUUGUUGCGUUACAAAGUGGAAUUAAAAUUGAUCUAAUUGUCUUUUUUGUAUACUCUGUAAUUUCAGUGGAAGAAAACGUUUUUUAAAGAUUCAUGAAAAAUAAAACACGAAUAUACCUUGA